AUGGACGCGCCUGGAUGGGACUCUCUGAGAUCAACUCCGAACAUACCUGCCAAACGAUCAUGGGAGGGAGGGGACGCCUCUCCGAGCUCUCACAGCGCCGGCCCGAGAUCUGGUGAGGGCCAACCGCCUUCGCACUUCCGACAUCUCAGUGGACCGAUACAUACCGCGCGGAGGUCGUCUGAUACAGCUGCCCAACAAAUUGGUUGGGAUACAAGCGCACAGACACAGGGUUGGACUGCGAAGCCAGAGCCAGCCCGGUAUGGGACUGGCUUGGAGGAUAGCUAUGGGGCUGAGCGACGGCAGCCUGUAGACUCUCGCGAUGCGCCACUAGGCAGACCCGAUCAUAAUGCGGCUCCAUUUCCGUCACAGCCUCCAUGGACAAAAUACCGUCGCGAGAGUAGCGGCUCUAGCUUCCAAACAAAUUUCGAUCCUCCGUCGUCUUCAAAUGAAACGAUGUACCAGGGAAGUCAAGAUACGAGGAGGUCGUCAUAUACGCUUGCUGCGGAGGAGUUGGGGGCCGCAGAUCCGCGCCGUGGGUCCUCGUCGGCAAAGGUCUCACUUUUUGAACAAAACUGCGAGAAGUGCAAUUUGUUCAGACCUCAGAUAAAGGAAUUUAUUUCUAUGAUACAAAAAUUCGAAACGUCACUAGGGCCGUUCGGGCCAUAUCAGGAAAUCCAUGAACAUUGCCUCAGACAAGGGACGGUGCACGAUGAUGUUCCGAAUUUCCCUGAAAUACAUCGGAUACUUGGCCUACUAAAUGAAGUAAACGAUCUUGCCAAAAAUGUAGUCCAGCUUGGACCGGUCUAUUUGGUUAAGGUCAAGGAGGGGCAUCAGCACAAACCGUUAGAAAACAUUAAACUCGAACACAACCCCCCGACGUUGGAACGAUAUUUCUCGUCGGAAUCUGACGACGCCUCGAAAAGACGUCGGUUAGAAUAUAUGGACACGCGAGGGAUGGAACGCCAGUCUACGCAUCAGGGCCGUCCUGGGGAUGCACGCCGACACUCGUCGGCAAGUCCAUCUACCACCGAUAGAUUACCACCGAUAUACUUCAGUUCGACAUCUCACGCAGAGUCCUCGGGGUUCAAGCUCCCUUCAAUGAAUCCGCCCCCGGCCCCUGGGAGGCACAUUACAUCGCCACAGAGGCCACACAACUCUUCGCCCUCAUAUAAUAUGUCAUCACCGGACUCAUCCACCUUCCCGCCAUCUUCUUCGGCAAACAAGCCCCCCCAGCCGCCUCAUCAGUCAUUAUCUCCUUCGCACUCAUCGUCAUUCAGCUCAGGGGCUAUAGGUGGCGCAGUUCCGCCUGCUGUGGCCACUCAUACUGCGACUCUCCAGCACGAGGUUUCCGUCAAAGCCUACGCCCUACAAACACUCCAGCAAGAGCACGACAAGUUACUCGCCGCAUUAUCUCGGUCGCAAACACGGUCACGCGCGCUGGAAGAGAAGCAGGUCGUAGCCGACAACGAAGUCAACGUCCUUUCCGAAGACAGGAGUAGGCUGAUGGAUAGAAUCGCGGAGCUCGAAAAGGAGGUCUCGGACGUCAGCGAGGCGAGGGAUGAAUACCGUAAUGCGGGCGUCAAGGAGGGGAAGCAGUAUGUCGAAAUUGUGAGAAUGGCGAGUCGUCUAGAACUCAUGGCUGCUGAGGAACGGAAAAUUAUGGCGGCGGACCUGGCGGAGAAAGAGAGGCUAUUAAUGCAGAGAGCGGAGCUGGGUACGGUAGCUGGCGGCUCUGUGACACAUCUGCCUGCUUCAAGGCACUCGGAUGAGGUUAUACUACAGCUCAAAGCUAAGUGCGCGAAGUAUGAAGCGGCGCUGAAGGAUAUUAGGCGCAAGAGGCGGCGGAUGGAUGAUAUUGUCGCUGAGCUAGGGUCGGCUGGUUCUGAUAUCUCCCAGUCUUUGAGCGGCGUCCUGGGCGACAAAUUGGAGGAGAGUACAUAG